GCAGUUUUCUCCAAACAUCCGUCGAACAUCAUUGUGCUGACUUUGUUUUUAAGAAUGUUUAAGACUCCUCACAUGAAGACUUCAGUAAAUCAGCUCAGAUUGAUAUUGACUCUCAGAUACACUCUUCACAUCAGGAGUGAUCAGACAGUUUGCAGCGGAGCUUUUUGGAGAGGAUAUUGCUUGCGACGUGAUGCCACACAGCAGAGGGGACGACACAAGGACAUCUAUUUAAAACCAUCUCUAACGUCCCUUCACACCCUCCGUUCAGUUUCCAGUAGAUUCUCAGGUGUUUUGGACCCUUUCAAGCAUGUACCUCAACCAGACACAAUAAUGCUAUGUGUUACCUCUCAUGUUCUAUUAACACUCAUUCAUUUUAGUUCUAUUAACAGGGUACACUCAGCAAAUACCUUCCUGUUGUUACAUUCGUCUCCAUCAGAAUAUCCUCUUGCAGUUAACUCCAUAAAGUGCCUAUUGCCCGAAAUCAACACAGAGAAUCGACAAAAUUCUCCUGACCGAGAAAUGGCAGAACUUGAAAGACAAACACGCUGCUACGCCUUAAAACAACACACAAUUAGCAAAGGUAACUUCCUGAGAUUGUCUUAUAUAGGCACAUGGCUGUGGAUGGGGCGUUUUAAAAGCAUGAGCCGAUCGGCACCGGUUACUGUCCAAAUCAGGGGACUGCACAGAAAUGCACAACAGUGCGCAGUGCUGGAUGAGUGUUUGUCCGCUGGAAACGAGGCGCGCUGCAAACAGUCUCUGCGACCCAACGCUGCUCAGUAUGAGCGUGAGGGAAAGAGUUGGGCGGCAGUGCUGGUGAGUCUGUGUGCUGUGAGUGGGCGACCCGCCCUCCUCUUCACGCUGAGAUCUGCAAAGCUGAAGGGUAGGCACAAAGGUGACGUCAGUUUUGCAGGUGGAAAGAAAGACCCAUCGGACAGAGGUGUUGUAGAUACAGCACUCAGAGAAGCUCGUGAGGAGCUGGGAAUCCAUAUCACAGAAGAUAAAGUUUGGGGUGUGCUGAAACCACUGCGGGAUAUGUCCGGAAUGAUGAUUGCGCCCGUAAUAGCCAAUCUUGGACCACUGGAGGCACUCUCAUUUCGACCUAAUCCAAGUGAGGUGGAAGAGGUUUUUACGCUCACACUUGAGCAUUUAUGUCAACCCCAAAACAGAGGCUACACGCACUUUCGCACCGGUGAUCGUUACGGAUACACGCUCCCUGUGUUUCACAGUCCCAAGUAUCGAGUCUGGGGCCUGACGGCAGUGGCUUUGGAUCACACGCUCAAACUUAUUGUCCCACCAGAGCAACUAUAAGACCACAGCUUGGUCCAGUAGCACCAUCAACACAGAGGACCAGCAGUAAACUAAGGAAAUGCUUUUAUAUGGCAGAUGUGGUUUUCGGAUGAAUGCCACAAAAACAGUCAAGAAAUGCGGGGGACAUUUUUCACCUGAAAAUUAAAUGAAAAAACAAGAAAUCAUAUUUUGCAUAAAGAAAAUGAAGGCUUUUUUUAAAGACAAUUAGACUUGAAUCAUGACAUUAUUCCAUUAUUUACCCCAACUGUCAUUGGCCUACAGUAAUGUGAAAACAUCUAAUCGUCAUUACUGUAAUGUGAUCAAAAUUCUACAAUAAAUUAUAGAAGGAUUUAUGCAAUGUAAUUGAUUUAAUUUAUCCUUAUUUAAAAAUCACUGUGAUGUUCAUUAUUAUAGUACUAGUGAUGAGAAUAAGCAUUACAGUAAUGACAAUUCAAUUAUAAUAAUGAGAAUAUGGGUGUAUGAUGUGUUCAGGGCAAAUAAUGUAACAAUGCAAAAAUCUUAAAAGUACUAAAAACAGGCUUCAUUCCAUUUACGUUCUUCUUUCUGUUGGUUUUGUGUUAAAACAUGACCCCGGCAUGUGUUGAUGUGAGAUUCUUCCUUUGAAAUGCCGAGUUUAAUAACUACUGCAACAGAAUGAAAUGUAUUGGUUCUGCUGGUGUAUUGUUUGGCACCGUGUCUCCAGUAAUUAUUUAUAAAAAACAUACUUUUGGGAAUUCAUUUUUUUUCUUACCUUUUCCUUCUAUUACUUUAUUACCCUCACCUUAACACAAAUGAUUAAUUCAGCCCCUUUCAAGUGUAACUUAACUGUCAUUUUUUUAACACCAAUAAACCUGAUAAAAAGAUGAAAGUUCUCCGGAUUAAUACAUUUUCAGUCUUUAUUUACUGGAGGAAUUUCAUUCACACCCCUUCUGAACUCUUCCCAAACUAAUCUGAAUACUCUGUUUUACAUUAAAUAAUUCAUGUUUCAUUUUUUGAUUACUUUUCCAUUUUUGUGUUUUGUGCUUAUUCAUUUAAAUUUGAGUUUGUAUGUGUGACCUGUGGUUCUCAGCUCUGGCUCUGUCUGGCUAUCAAAGUUGAUUACAGCUGGACAAGACAUCACUGGUUCAGAUGCUAUCAUGAAUUGUGUUUGAACAUUUACUACCAGUGAACGUGUCUAAUGAAGAGAAAUACUUCUCUACAACGGUCGAUGAAUAAAUGAGGAACAAGA